UGGGAGUUUGACCUCCGCCGCCGCCAACCGCCGCCUCAGCUUGCGCCGCCGCCGCCGCCGCGCACGCCAUGGGAGCCGUGACUGACGUUUGGAUCAAGUGUUUUGGAACCCCAAGAAAGUCAGAUAUGAGUUCGCAAGAGGCUAGAUUUCCUUGCCAACCUGCCUAUAGAAAGGAAAUGCUAAUCCUCAUUGGUAGAUCACACUAUUACAAUUUCCCCAAAGCAGAUGAAGUCAUACGCAAACGUCUCCUAAUUGAUGGAGAUGGUGCUGGAGAUGAUCGGAGAAUUAAUCUGCUAGUGAAAAGUUUCAUUAAAUGGUGUAAUUCUGGAUCACAGGAAGAGGGAUAUAGCCAGUACCAACGCAUGCUGAGCACACUGUCCCAAUGUGAAUUUUCAAUGGGCAAAACAUUGCUGGUUUAUGAUAUGAAUCUCAGAGAAAUGGAAAAUUAUGAAAAAAUUUACAAAGAAAUAGAAUGUAGUAUUGCUGGAGCACAUGAAAAAAUUGCUGAAUGCAAAAAGCAGAUUCUUCAAGCAAAACGAAUACGAAAAAAUCGCCAAGAAUAUGAUGCUUUGGCAAAAGUGAUCCAGCAUCAUCCAGAUAGGCAUGAGACUUUAAAAGAACUAGAAGCUCUGGGAAAAGAAUUAGAGCAUCUUUCACAUAUUAAAGAAAGUGUUGAAGAUAAGCUGGAAUUGAGACGGAAACAAUUUCAUGUUCUUCUUAGUACCAUCCAUGAACUGCAGCAAACAUUGGAAAAUGAUGAAAAGCUCUCAGAGGUAGAAGAAUCUCAGGAAACAAGCAUGGAAACAGAUUCUAAGCCAUAGACAGGCUAGUCACUCACCAUUUCCAAGAAUAUUGAAGUAGCAGUAUGAUCUUAUUGUGCUUAGAAUUUGUUGUGCUCUUGAGAUAAAGUUUUGGCAGUGAACUACUUUGCUUUUAAAUAUUAAUGCACAAUUCUUUCAUAUUUCUUUACAUAAAGAAAAAUGAUGUCGGUAUAGAUUUCUUGUUAUUUAAAUGCCUUUUUUUAAUCCUUAAAAGAUUGGAAGCAACAUCCAAAUGUUCAAUAAAGUGUUUUCAAGUCAAAUAUGUUUGUGUUUGUUAG